UUGGUUUUUUAAAUUAAAUCGAACAUUUUUAUCUGUUCUAAGGUUCUUAGAUUUUCGUUUUCGUAUCCUCGUCUUACUUUCAGUUUGAACGUAAUUUGAUUUCUACACAGAGUUGUAAAGAUGUAAUAUUUCAUCUCCUUCCUCUGCUUAUCUCUGCCAUCUUUCUUGAUCAGCUGAGUGGGUUUUGCAGAUUGAUCCGUGUUGUUAGCUCGGGCAUGGCACACACGCCACAGCCGGACGAUAUCGGCUUCUCCCUUGCGUGUUUUCUGGAUGCUGGCUUAUUUUGACUUGGUGCUUGCAUUCGAGAUAUCUAUUUCCGAUCUUAAUUUAUUCCAAUUUAUCUGCUGCCUAAUAAUCGUCAGUGGCCAGUAUGGAGGAGCCAAGUGCAGAGUUACGGCCCACAGUUGAUGAGUGUGAGUUUAUUAGUGACGAAGAAUUCUUUUCCUUAUCUCACCUUCAGCAAAGCUAUUAUUUAAAAACUGCACCAGAAGAGCAAGUGAAGCGCAUCAAGGAGAAGCGCGCAGAACUGGAUUUACAAAAGAAGUCGCAGUACUGUCAGAAACGCUCAGCUAAAAAGAAACUGGACCGAAAACUGGCUAAGGAAAAAAUCGAAAAGGAAAAACAAUGUGGCAUUUUUGAAAAUGUGGCUCCGUUUGAGAAACUUUUCCUGCAUCGAUCUCAGCACGUUCAUACUGCUUAUGCUAAAAAAGUGUCAAAAUAUUUGGUGCGGAUUUUUAAAACCGAUUCGGAAAUGCUGCAGAAGAUGUACGCUGCCGUGGCGACUGGAGAUUCGUUAGAUACCAGUUGUGUUGCGUGCGGCGACGACCUUUAUAUCCGACACAAUAAUCGGGAAAUUCCGCUGCAUCAGGCAGUCAUAAGGUCUUUCAGAGGGCCAGGGUUGCAACUUAUACAAAGAAAGACGUGUUGCGUGGAAAAAGGCGAAAUCUGCAUAAAUCCUUAUCACUACGAGCGGGAAUCGGAACCCGUAGUUCGCGGAGGGUAUAUCUGUGUUGUAUUUGGCUGCAGUAAUCGCUCUGACAAGUCAAAAGACGUUUCCUAUUUCCAAGUUCCGGAUAAAAAUGAUGCGCGGUACAAAGCCUUUUUUGCAUUUUGCGGACGCAAAGAUUUAGAACAAUCUGGCUUUCUCACCAGUCACCACAUAUGCAGUGCGCAUUUUCGUCGAAGUGAUAUAUCUUUACGCGGAAAAUACCCGAGAAUGAAGCCAACAGCUGUACCAACGAAGCACCCUGGAUCGCCAUAUUUUACUAAAAUUUCGCAGAACACCAGACGGGAUAUUGGUCGAUCCACAGCCAAAGAACAGGAAAAGAUUAUAGCAGGAAAAUUCUGGAAAAACCUUUGCGACGCUAGGUAUGAUCAACUGAUCAAUCAGCAUGGAUUUGCUGUUCUGGUUCGCUCCGACAGCGAAAUUCUGUUGGGCAAGGUUACCGUGACAGAGCCUGCAAAUGAAAAUUUUGCGACAGACGCACUUGUUUUACGGAUGCGGUCAGACUUGAUUCCCGCUGUUUGUUUUAAUGGCGUCACCGUGCUAACAUCGGAUGUGACGGAGUGCAUUGGUUGUUCGAAUGUUUCCAGCAGUCGUUGUUUGACAAAACUCUUGAUGUUUAAUUUCAAGGAAUUGAAGCGAGAAAUUCUGCAUCAUUGUCGCGCCGUCAACACUAAGUGUGAUCAGCUGAUGAAGCUGAUCAAAAGUGAACCGGAAUCCGCCAAUUAUGAUUUUGAAGCUCAUGGGGAAAGUGCUGAAGACGAAGAAGCAAGUUCUGAGGAGACUGAUUUUAUCCUCAAACAGCAAAUCCAUUCGGUUGCUCGCUUCGCAAAGGAAAUAAUAAAUUCCGCAUCCACAAAGUCGUCUCAGCGGCGUUAUUCACCAUGGAUGAAACGACUGUGUGCUGUGGCACGAAAUUUGUCAUCUGGCUGUUAUGGCUUUUUACGCCGCGUUUUAGGUGCAGCUCUACCUCACAGUCGCACACUGCGUGAUCACACCGCUCAGUGGGAUAUUGAGGAUGGUGAAGAUAUUGAGCAUAUGAUAAAACUGGGCGAAUUUUGUGAAACUAUUCCGGACAGUAAUCGCGAUGUUAAUUUAAUUUGUGAUGCUACGUAUCAAACGGAGCAAGUUGAAUACAUCAAUGGAUCGGUGAUUGGACUGGCUGAAAACAAUGACGAAGUGAUACCGGCAAAAAAUGUACUUAUAUUCAUUAUCCAAAGCGUAGUCGGCAACGUGCGAAAGAUAGUAUCCUAUCACUUUGUCAAAAAUUUGAAAGGAAGCGACUUAGCCAAAAUAUUACUUCGAAAUCUUCGGUUACUCGGACAGCAUACAAAAUUCAGAGCUAAUGGACUGUGCUCAGAUCACGGAGCUGAGAACGCGGGAUGCCGUGGCAUACUGGGAGUGGUUGAUAAUACGUUUCCUUGGCGAUUCAGACACCCGCUAUUUCCGGAACAGUUCGUAAUUAUUAUUUUAGAUAUCAGUCAUUUGCUGAAACGGAUAUGGGCGAAUAUCCUGCGAAUUUCCAAUGGUGGAAGGUUAUGUUUCGGAUCCUGGAUUUUUGAUAUCACGUUACUCCAAACACUUUUUGAAAUCGAACGAUGUUCCCCAGUUAAGUACGCUCCGGAUAUCACACGAAAAGUUUUGUGGCCGAACACAUUUGAAAAAAUGUGUACCAGAACGGCGGAAGGUUUGUUCACAGACCGCACAGUUGGGGCGCUGACAAUGCUGACAACUCAGUCUCCAGACCAUCCGUUGCUUAUAAAAAUCGCCGAAAUUCGGCGAGAGGACGUGAACGCUGUUAGGUUUGGACUGCAAGUAAUUUUGAACUUUGCCAAUUUCGUUCGGGGCUUUUAUUACCCUCUAACGACGUCCUCAAUCCAGCAAGCUCAGCGUUUCAGGCAGCCUCUUUUUGAAGUGAUUACUCUCAACAAUAUUGAUACGAAAUUUGAUGAGAUGUUGGAGUCGUUAAGUGGCAUUGGCCCCCACCCUGAUUGUAUUCUGCAGUCACUUCCCCGGCAAACGUGGUUGGGUUUGAAUGCAACUAUACAUGGAAUAAGGGAGAUAUCACGUAUUUCUCUUGAAGCGGGCGCAGAGUACAUACUUGCCAGGAAACAAUGCAGCGAUCCUAUAGAAGAACUGAAUGCUGCGAUUAAGUUCGGAACGACGAAGCUUACCGCGGCCACAGUACGGCAGAAUAUUUCUCAUAUCGAAGCUUACCAGCAGCUUACCGAAAGUCCGAAUGUUGGGAGCCGCUACAAAACCCGAAAACGGAUCAUCGAGAUUUCUGAUGAGCCGCUGCCUAAGCGUCAGCGCACAUCCCGGCACCCACUUCGCGAUUAUUGUUUUUCGUUUUCAAACGAACUGGAAAUUAUUCGAGACCCCGAGCCCUGUCCUGUUGAAGACAGGACGGAGAAGUUGAUGCGUGAAGACAGAAAGCUGUGGAUUUGUUCGGAAAUGCUACAGAUUGUGCUGUGCCCUUGGGAAACUUUAGACGAUACAAAUACUGAUGCUGGUUUGGCUGGACUGUUUAACAACGCGAUUGCUGACGUUACCGCGGCGCUAGCUAGAACUGCGGACCAAAAGUCGAAAUGUGAUAGUUGUCGUGGACAGUUAGUGGAAGUUUUCUCCUCAGGAAGUGAGCUACCUGGUGCAGCUUAUGUUGGUGCAAGAAGCCGCGCGGAGUAUGGUGGGCUUUGUUUACCACGAAAGCAAGCAUUUACCCUCUGCUCUCGCGCUUACACUUUAUUUAUAAAAGUAACAGAGAUUCCAGCGUUUGUGAAAAGUAAAUCGCAUUUAGCGGUGAUACUCAAAUUGAUGCUCUUAAAAAUGAAUCUGAGUGAUUUUCACCCGUUGUAAGAUCUUUGUCCCUGUAAGUCUUAUGUAGAGGUAGAAUAUAAUCUGUUGCGCAAGGUAUUUAAUUUACUGUUCAAAAAUUAUGUUAAAAACAAACGUGAUGACUUUUUUGAUUAUAAGUUUGGAAAAAAGCGACCGGAAAAAAUGUCUGAACAACCUGCCAAAUUGGCAAAGUUGAAACAGAAUAAAAAAAGAGGUUAAGUGGGUUCGAUUGUCUAUCGAUGCAGGUGCGGUAGAUAUAAUGCCGCGAUAAGAUAGGGAGCUUCGCGUGGAAUGAAAAUUA